AUGGAUGACUCUCUACGCGGACUGGUAGACCUGGAGGUUCUAGUGUUGGCUGGCAACUGUCUGUUGUCCUGCACAGGAGUCAGCCUCCCUCGUAGACUGAUGGUUCUGGAGCUCUGUAGCAACAGACUGACUGACAUAACCUCACUGGCAGACAACUCUCCCCCUCUUCUCUAUCUCGGCUUGGCUAGAAACCGACUGACCAGUGGUGUACUGGAACCUCUGAGAAUGUUUGAGUUCCUGUACCACUUGGAUUUGGCACAAAACAAUAUAGAGGACAUGACUCAGUUGGUUACUGCAUGUUCACAGUUGAAGAAUCUUUCCUCUCUCGUGCUCAUUGGGAACCCUUGCUCUAUGUCACCAAACUAUCCAACAUAUAUUAUGAGGAAUAUACCAAAGUUAAUCUUUUUGGAUGGGGAAUUGUUAAAGGAUCAGAAACCAAGUGACGGAAAUGAAAGUGAUUUAGAACAGGAUGGUACAUUACAAAUAUACUUGUUUCGUCUCAUGGGCGUACCACAACCACAUAAUAAAAAAAUCAAUAAUAAGAAAGUGACACAUUCAUUCAGACUUGAAUUUGAGCUACCCAUUUUACAACAAUAUAUAAUAAAUAGAGAGCCAAGUUUUCUCAUUGAUGAAUCACAGUUAGAACAUGAAGAAAUUAUAGAACUAGACCGAAAGAAUUACAAAACAAAAAAUAACAAGCAAGAAAAAGGAAAAUUAUCUGAAAUUGAAGACAAAUCAACAAAAGGAAAGAGUAAGAAAUUAAAGAAUCAUAACAAGGAAGAAAUAAAUAAAACCUCAAAAAAAUCUAAAUCGGAUGCUGGUAAUCAAUUAAGCAGUGUGAAAAGUAAGAAGGGGAAAAAAUCACUCGGAGUAGUGAAAAAUUCAAAAACUCCUGAAACUAAAAUAACAAAUGAGAGUGAGGAAAUUGUGAAGUAUAAAUUACAAUUGACAUUGGACCAGGGUAUUCAAGAAUGCUUCAAAUCCCAAAGGAAAAGCUGGGGUAAAAUUAUAGAAUUUGAAAGUCCAGCUAUAGAGGUGUCUAAUUGUGAUUUGUGGUCAUUGAGGGACGUUUUUAGAAGUGAUCUAACACUGAGAGUGGUACAUUUAAUGACAUCAACUCCUGUAUCAAAGGGAAAAUCUAAACAAAAACGAGGAAAAGACGAUUCUUUAAAAAGAAAUGGUGUUUCUGAAGGGAAUCUCCAGUAUGCUGUCAAAAAGAAGAAAGAAUCAAAAACAAGACAAGGAGAAGACAAGUCAAGAGAUGUUCAGUUAAUUAUCCCCUCUGCUAUGACAUGUCACAUUGGUAUUGGGAUCAAACGGAAUACUUACAAAGAAAGCUAG